CUAUGAGGCAGCGCUGCAUGGAUUGACAUGUGCGUGCCUCAACAAAGAUGGCGGACCGAGCCGUCCUUAUUCUCCUUCCGCUCAGCCUAAGACUGGCCAAUCAGAAGCGACCUGAGCCUACGUCACAGCCAAUCAGCGGAGACUCUGCUCUUCUCGAAAACAUGUCGCCCAUGAAGCUGUGUGUUCCAGGUGACAGGCUGUGCAGUGUAGAAGACUGUAUCCCUGGUACAGGAGUCUAUAUGAGGCACGGCUACAUUUACUCCUCGCUAGCAGGCUACGUGCUGAAGAAGAACGAAGGAGAGGAGUUACCAGUGAUCUCAGUGGUGAGGGAAACAGAAACACAGCUACUACCUGAUGUAGGAGCCAUAGUCACCUGUAAGGUGACCAGCAUCAACCCCCGCUUCGCCAAGGUCCACAUCCUCUACGUGGGCUCCACGCCGCUCAAGGACCGCUUCAGAGGAACCAUCAGGAAAGAAGAUGUUCGUGCAACAGAGAAGGACAAGGUGGAAAUAUACAAAAGCUUCAGACCCGGAGACAUCGUCCUGGCCAAAGUUAUUUCUCUGGGUGACGUUCAGUCGAACUACCUGUUGACCUCAGCGGAGAAUGAACUGGGAGUGGUGGUGGCACACAGUGAAGCAGGAGCCCAGAUGGUUCCCAUCAGCUGGUGUGAGAUGCAGUGUCCGCGGACGCACAGCAAAGAGUUUCGUAAAGUAGCUCGAGUUCAGCCGGAGUACCUGCAGGCCUGAACCAACAUCUUCCUCCACGGGACACACAGCUUCCUCUUCCUCCUUCUCUCAGCAGCCUCUGGGUGACGUCCAUAUCCAAGGCUGCUUGUAGUUUUGCGUCUUAACUGUUAUUUUUCAAUAGCUUUCCCUCCGCACACUGUCAUCAUGUGACUGUGCCAGCUUGAAAACACUGAAGCAGCGUCAGACCAAAACUGUCAGGACAUAUUCUAUUCUCUAUAUUCUAAAGUAGAUAGAGAAACAGCUGUAGAGACAUUUUAUUAACUGAAGUCGGUGCGUGUUGCCUCUAAACCUGAUAAACUCUCUGAGUCAGUCAGUCACUCUGCAGCUGCUGAACUUUCUAAGUGACCACUAUGUUGAGAAGAUAAAGCAAAAUCAUGUUGUACCUAGUGAAGAAAGGUCUUUAGUCAGUUUUGCUAAUAAAUAUUGUGGCAAAGCCAAGUAUAUGAUAUAUUAUGGCUGAUCAGCAGCAUGUUGGUGCAUGUUUAGUAACCAGAGAUCAUUUGAAGGGCAGGAUGCUGCACAUAAGACACUUCUUUACAUUAUGUCAUGUCUGUGAGGGACUUUAGUUUGUUUUGGGGUUUCUUUUGUCCACAACACUGACAAAACAUUCAUCUCCUCAGGCUCAUUGUUCUAACUCCUUCAAACUUAUUAAGUUUCAUGUUAACUGGAGUUUAAAAGGAGAGUGAAUGGAAUAAAGAGCCUCAUGUUCAAUAAGUCACAACACAGCUCCCAAUGUGCCGAAUAUUGAAGUUCACAUGACUUUUUUUUCAUGAUUUCUAGCACAUUGUAAUAAAUGAUUAUGAGCCGACAACAAGCAGAAAUGUUUCCAUUUUUAUCUUUGAUGUAAAGUUACUCUGACUUUCCUGAUUCCUUCUUUACAGCAGAUGUCAUUCAUGUGCAAAAUGGAAAUAAAACGACUGUCAAAGCCA